CAUCUUUGUAAUGUUAAAAUGAACAUUUUUGUCAAGAGACAGCAACUAACACUAACCAGUAACCACAUUAUGGUUACGUUCCAUCCAACACAAUGGAAUGAAGUGUAAAAAAAAAUAAAUGAAUAAAAUCACACAAAAAAAAGGAAAACAUUUCUUAUUCAGGGCAAGGUUAUUUAUAUAUUCAUCUUAAAUUGAACCAAAAGCAACCCAUUAUGAUUUAUUGAUAAAGAUGAGACCUAAUCAUGAAUCUUUGAAUGCCUUUUUUCAAUUUUAUUGGUGACAACAGGGCCAUAGCUAGCUCUCUUUUAUUCCACAGAAACAAAGGGAAAAAGGGCCACCCCAUAAGCAAUUUUAUAAAACUAACCGCUACAACAUUACUUUUCUGUUUUCCAAUUGCUGAAUCUUGGGGUUUAAGGGACCCUACCAAUUCCUUGAUGGAAGGGCUAAAAAAUAUUCUUGUCAUUUUGAGACCUCUAAAGUGAUACUCUGUACAUUCUAUUUUAUGUCAUUUUAUGAUCAUACAUCCUCACAACACUCACCAGGCCCUUUUGAGUGAGCCACAGGAAAGCCUAUAACUGCUAGAUUCACCAAAGAACUCAGCUUUAUUACAAAUACCAUAGUUCUUGGAAACUGAUGACAAAGAACAAGAAGCAGGUCAGGUCCAUCAUGGACAAAGUGCAAGGAUUUCGCCUUGUAUCUUGCGGCGGCUGCUUUGACAGCUGUCGUGACCAUACUCGAGGCUCUCGAACCGGGACAAGGAUAUGGAACUUUAGUGAUAAGCCAGUGGAGCUGCAAAUAAGGGUGGGAUCAAUACUAAAGAAGAUUCACACAUUGAAGCCAGGAUCAUCCAAGAGAAUGAAGUGUAGAAGCAUAUAUAAGGCAUAUAUGCCUAGUGGUGGGAAUGGUGGCAGCUUGAAGAACUUGUUGUAUCACUAUGAUGAAACUUGUCACCCUUAUAUUUGGAUCCAUGACACAGGCUGUGAUUCCUUGAGGAUGGGGAAACAACAGUACAUUAGUCUUGAGGAUCUCAGGGAUUCUUCUGAUAUCAGAAUCUUCAGGGAUCAUCAGAGAGGCUGCGUAUCGGUUCGCAAAAGAACAAGGCCAGAUUUGUGCUGAUUCUGAAUUUGAAUCCGGGUUGUGUUCUGAAAGUUUGAGUUUUGCAAUGAUUUGGAAGUGACAUUUUCUGUUUCUUUGGCUUUUGAUAUUAAUCCUAUGUCUCUCUUCUUCUUUCUUCCUUUGAUAA